AUGGAGGCAAAACAUAUCACACAGCAGAGGGUUCACACUGGAGAGAAACCAUUUCAGUGUUCUGAAUGUUACAAAGCUUUUAAUGUAGCGUCAACCCUCAUCAGACACCAGAGGAUUCACACUGGAGAGAAGCCAUAUCAGUGUUCCGAAUGUGAGAAAGCUUUUACAAUGAAGUCACACCUCAUCAGACACCAGAUGGUUCACACUGGAGAAAAGCCGUAUCGGUGUUCUGAAUAUCAGAAGGUUCACACUGGAGAGAGGCCAUAUCAAUGUUCUGAAUGUGGCAAAGCUUUUAUAACCAAGAGAGAGCUUAUCAUACACCAGUGGGUUCACACUGGAGAGAAACCUUAUCAAUGUUCUGAAUGUGGCAAAACGUUUGCAACUAAAAAAGGGCUUAUCAUACACCAGUGGGUUCACGCUGGAGAGAAACCAUAUCAGUGUUCUGAAUGUGGCAAAGAUUUCACAGCCAAAAGAGAGCUUAACAUACACCAGAGGAUUCACACUGGAAAAAAAACAUAUCAGUGUUCUGAAUGUGAUAAAGCUUUUACAAUUAAGUCAAAUCUUAACAUACAUCAGAGGGUCCACACUGGAGAGAAGCCAUAUCAGUGUUCUGAAUGUGAUAAAGCUUUUACAUGUAAGAAAGAUCUUAUCGUACACCAGAGGGUUCACACUGGGGUGAAACCAUAUCAGUGUUCUGAAUGUGACAAAGCUUUUACAAUGAAGUCAAAUCUUAACACACACCAGAGAGUUCACACUGGAGAGAAGCCAUAUCGGUGUUCUGAAUGUGAGAAAGCUUUUACAAUGAAGUCAGAUCUUAUCAGACACCAGAGGGUUCACAAGGGAGAGAAGCCGAGUCAGUGUUCUGACUGUGAGAAAGCUUUCACUACCAAGAUAGAGCUUAUCAGACACCAGAGGGUUCACACAGGAGAGAAGCCCUAUCAAUGUUCUGUAUGUGACAAAGCUUUUACACAGAAGUCAAAUCUUCUCAGACACCAGAGAGUUCACACGGGAGAGAAGCAAUAUCAGUGUUCUGAACAAAGCUUUUACAGUUAA